UAAAAUGCUAGAAUAACUGGACAACGUGUCAAGAGGAGAAAAUCAUUCCUGCAACAAUAACACGAUCUGAAUAAUUACGUUAAGAGCUGCAAAUUUUAAUUGUUUCGAAAAAAAGAGGUAAACAAUCACAGUUCUUUGUGACAUAUAUGAUAAACCGUCCGACCCUAGCACCCACCAGAGAAAAAAUAACAUUUUAUAUGUCCCCAGAGCUUGCAUUGAUGGAAUUGGAAACUGGAAAAAUCAUUUCAGCAUCAUUUGAGGAGAUUCCCCCCAUUACCAUCCCUUCCAUCACUUUUCACAACUUACAGGCUCAAUGGGGAAUGGACAUUUUGGCUUGUUCAAAUAAUUCAAAGGAAUGCCAUUAUUGGAGUAAAGACACGAACCAAUGGACGACAUUUCCGGCCUUGAACUCAGUUCAUACGGGGGGAAGCAUGAGUGUGGUUGGAGGAACUCCUGUUGUAAUUGCGGGGAGAGAUGAGAAUAAUAACGUACACGGCAUUGUGAACAUCUUUAACGUAACGACUCAAAAAUGGAUCCGUGGACCUUCUUUAAUGCCAAUUCGAACCGCUCAUACCACAGUGGUGCUCAAUGAGACGACCUUGCUGGUGAUUGGGGGUUAUGACAAUUUCCACCUAGAUGCUGUGAAUAUUUUCAACCUGGAUGAGCUGUCAUGGAGUGAUUUGAAUAGCCUACCACAGCCAACCUAUAGAAUGCUUUGUGGUUUGGUCAAUAUAACCUAUCUCUUGUGUAUUGGAGGUGAAGUGCCCGGUCAACUUGUGAAUGAGGCGUAUGUUUUGGAUUUGUCUAUUAGUAACCCUGAAUGGGAAAGAAAACCAUCGUUUGACCUUGAGGACCCAGCACUAGGAGGGUUCAUCUAUCAAAUCAGAGAUGACCUUUAUUGCAUGACUAUUUUUACUUCGUCAUACAAGCCAUCAAUGACAUUGAGAAGAAUGAACUUAAACCACGCAACUCUAACAUGGGAAAACCUGGAAGUAUUUACAAACUUUGUGGGCAACAUUGUUUCGCCUUAUGUAUUAAACGGCUUUCAGAUUAAACCAUGAAUUGCGACUUUUGAACGUCUUACUGAAGGUUUUCUUCCGGCGCACUACUUUGUGGUUAUGAAAAAAUAGGAUUUCUUUCUUGAAUUGAUAGUCCUAAGGUUUCUAUAUCUACAUUGCUUGUGUAUUUUGUCUU